AUUUUAUAAUAAUAAAUCCUCAGAUUCUGCCUCGACGACUCAAUCACCAGAUUCUCCGAGUUCUUUCUUCGUCAACCCAUCCUUGCUCCCGCCGUCGCCAAAAAGCUGAAAGAUUUCCAUCAAGAUGAGCAGUUGUCCAGAGAACGAGAACGCCCCACCGACCAGGCUUGAGGGCAAGUUCCAAGCGUUGGUUGUCUGCUGUUUCCUGGGACUUGGAUCGCUUGUGGCAUGGAACAGUAUGCUCACCAUUGCUGACUACUACUACCAAGUGUUUCCGGAUUAUCAUCCAUCAAGGGUCCUCACUCUGGUUUACCAACCGUUUGCCUGUGCGACGAUAGCGAUAUUGGCUUACUAUGAGGCGAAAAUCAAUACCCGAAAGAGGAAUAUCUUCGGAUAUGCCCUUUACACCGUCAGCACGUUCCUUCUCAUCGUUUUGGAUUUGGCUACAAAGGGACAAGGAGGAGUUAUACCCUACGUUCUGUUGUGCCUCAUAGUGGCCAGUUUCGGUCUGGCAGAUGCUCAUGUACAAGGUGGUAUGGUUGGAGAUUUGUCCUUCAUGUGUCCCGAGUUCAUCCAGUCAUUCAUGGGGGGUCUUGGUAUUUCUGGAGCUCUUACUUCGUGUUUGAGGCUUAUGACCAAAGCUAUCUUCGAUAAAUCUCCCAAUGGCCUGCGUAAAGGCGCUUUGCUGUUCUUGGCGAUAUCCACUCUUAUCGAGCUCCUCUGCAUCUUUCUAUAUGCUUACGUGUUUCCUAAGCUACCGAUUGUUAAGUACUAUCGAGCGAAAGCUGCAGCCGAAGGGGCAAAAACCGUUUCCGCUGAUCUUAUGGCAGCCGGCCUUCAAGACAAAGCUGCACAGGUUGCUGAAUUGGAUCAAUCGAAGAUCCAACGACGGUCCAACAAGCAGUUGUUGAGGGAAAACAUCGACCACGGGAUCAACCUUUACCUGGUUUAUGUAGUGACACUGUCGAUUUUUCCUGGGUUCUUGUACGAGAACACCGGAGAACAUCAGCUGGGUACAUGGUACCCUCUUGUCCUUGUAGCUGCAUACAACUGUUGGGAUACCGUCUCGAGGUACAUCCCUAUGAUCAAAUGCCUCGCAUUGGAAUCGAGGAAAUGGCUAACAGUCUGCGUUCUAGCCCGAUUUGCUCUCGUCCCCGCGUUCUAUUUCACUGCCAAAUAUGCCGACCAAGGAUGGAUGAUCUUCCUUACUUCCUUCUUGGGCUUGACCAAUGGUUAUCUCACUGUCUGCAUUCUCUCUGCUGCUCCCAAAGGUUACAAUGGUCCCGAGUCCAACGCGUUGGGGAACCUUCUCGUCGGGUUUCUGCUAGGAGGGAUCUUCUCUGGCGUGUGCCUUGACUGGCUCUGGCUUAUCCCUUCCAAGACUGCCUUUUAGUCUUUUGCUCCAUUCUUCAGUUCAGAUACUUUGAUUUUUCAUUACAAGUGUUCAUACUCAAAAGUCUUUUGGAGGAGAUUGAUCUAUUAUUAUUUUUUUUUUAUUUCAUUGGUUGAGUGUUUAGUUGAUCCAAUAUAUGCUUUCAUUUGGA